UUAGUACCGCUGGAGUUCCCCUAAGUCUAAAAGGAAAGCACCAGCGCACAUGCAAACCACCGGGAGAAGGGCAGGACGUCAAGCUUUUAAAGGCAGCAGGGGACUCGGCCCACAGCGGACAGGCCUGGCGACAGGUGUGAAGAAGACGCGGCUCGACCUUGCUGGUGCGCCGCGGCCGCUGGACAGCGCUGCUGUGAGGGCUUACAAAGGACGAAAACUAUUCUACUACUUCUAGGCUUUUUUUCAGUUUCUUCUAUAAAUCAAAACACUUCAAAAUGGAGGCCUAAAACUCUAAAAAGGGACUUAGUCUAAUCUUGGGAGGUAGUUUUGUGCAUGAAAAAACAAAUUAAUAGCUAAUUGGAUUUUUUAGUUUAACGUCCAAACAAUGUUAAUUUAAAAAUAUAAUUAUAUGAGAUAUAACUGUAAUGAUUUUGAUUUUCAAUUUGAUUUGUGGAAGUAAAGCGAUUAUAGUGGAGGCAUCUUAUUGAAGCACUCUUUUCACAGUUGGCUGGGCAGUCUCCCACACACUUCUCUAUAGAGCUGAAAAAAGUAUGUGCAUUUGGUAAAGAUUUAAAAAUGAGUGACAGUUACCCAGAACAAAGAGAUGAUCAACCUUCUCCAAGAUUAGAGAAAUAUUCAAAUGAAGCCUUUGACAUAUUAAAGGACUUCUGCGAUGACAAAGAAUGUCAAGAUCAAAAGUUUUUGAUAGAUAGCACAAAUUUAGAAAAAGCAAAAAAGGUAAACAUGAGGAUUAGUGAAGAAAUUAUCCACUGUGUACAAGUUUAAAAUUUAUUUUGUUCAAAUCGGCUGUUAUCUCUGGGGAUGAUGAACCUGAGAAUGGAUGGUUCAGUGGUUACAUCUGGGGAAAUGAACAAAUUUACUCAGAAAGAAAACUUAUAUAAAGAAAAAUUUUGUAACAGUGUAUAAAAGUUUUGGCCAUUGAAGGGAAUAAUAAAGUUAGGCACAAUAACUUAUUGUAAGGGAAGUAAUCAUUGGUAACAAGCUGUGAUGUUUCUCUUGCUACCUGGAAACCAAGUGUUGAAAUCGGCACCAUAGUUGCAAUUCACUGGUAGGAAAAGCACAAUGACUUGUCUAUUGGUAGUUGCUAGAACAAUGGUAGAACAUAGCUUUCCAUCAUGAAAAUCUAGCUUUGUGAGUCAGACACCUGAUAUGCAGGUUGAGUGAAUGCUAUGGGGAUGCAUCCUUGAGACCUGGAGAAGCUGACCUACUCCUGAAGAUAUCCAAAACAAAAUGGCAUACUGAUGACCUAAAACACUUUAUGCUUCCAUGCAGGAUUUUAGUUUUCAUCACAGGUUAUUAUGUAGCAUCAUAUGUACAUUGUACAUAUAAAGAUUAUGCAAAGGUACACUUGUACAUAAUUGUCCCUUAAAAUAUAACUGUAUAGGAUUUAGAACCUCACCAAGCUGAAACCCUAAAUGUACAGAAGAAAUUAAAGAGUUCUCAUUUUUGAUGUUCAGCUUAGUAGUCACACUGAUUAAAUCAAAAGCCAUGCACAAAACUACCUCCCCAGAGAAAGACUGGUCCCUUUUCCUCCCCAUCCACUUCAUUAUGAAUGUAGUAGAAAAUAGCCCCUUCUUAUCAAGUUUGAUGAAAAGUGCCAACAUGUUUGAGUUGAAGUAUGACUUUUCAUGUGAACUCUACAGAAUGUCCACAUAUUCAACUUUCCCUGCUGGUGUUCCUGUCUCAGAAAGGAGUCUUGCUCGUGCUGGUUUCUAUUACACUGAUGUGAAAGACAAGGUCAAAUGCUUCUGUUGUGGCCUGAUGCUGGAUAACUGGAAACAAGGAGACAAUCCUAUAGAAAAGCAUAAAAAGUUAUAUCCCAGCUGCAUCUUUGUUCAGAAUCUAACUUCAGUUAACAAUUUGGAAGCUAACUCUCAGCCUUCUUAUUCUUCUUCAGUAACAAAUUUCACACAUUCACUACUUCCAAGUUUGGAAAAUAGUGGCUAUUUCAGUGGGUCUUAUUCAAGCUUUCCAUCAAGUCCUGUAAACUUCAGAGCAAAUCAAGAUUUUUCUGCCUUGAGGACAAGUCCCUACCACUCUGCAAUGAGUACUGAAAAAGCCAGAUUACUCACUUAUCAAAUGUGGCCAUUGACUUUUCUGUCACCGACAGAUCUUGCCAAAGCAGGCUUUUACUAUAUAGGACCUGGAGACAGAGUAGCUUGCUUUGCCUGCGGUGGAAAACUGAGCAAUUGGGAACCAAAGGAUGAUGCGAUGUCAGAACACCGGAGACAUUUUCCCAACUGCCCUUUUUUAGGAAAUCAGCUUCAAAAUACUUCCAGAUACACUGUUUCUAAUUUAAGUAUGCAGACCCAUGCAGCCCGCUUCAAAACAUUCUUUAACUGGCCUUCAGGUGUUCUAGUUCAUCCUGAACAGCUUGCAAGUGCAGGUUUUUAUUAUGUGGGUCAUAGUGACGAUGUCAAGUGCUUUUGCUGUGAUGGUGGACUGAGGUGUUGGGAACUGGGAGAUGAUCCAUGGGUAGAACAUGCCAAGUGGUUUCCAAGGUGUGAGUACUUGAUAAGAAUUAAAGGACAAGAAUUCAUCAGUCAAGUUCAAGCCAGUUAUCCUCAUCUGCUUGAACAGCUGUUGUCUACAUCAGACACCCCCGAAGAUGAAAAUGUGGAGUCACCAAUUGUUCAUUUUGGACCUGGAGAGAACCAAUCAGAAGAUGCAGUCAUGAUGAACACACCUGUGGUCAAAGCUGCUUUGGAAAUGGGCUUUAGUCGACGCUUGGUAAAACAGACAGUUCAGAGUAAAAUCCUAAGCACUGGAGACAAUUAUAACACCAUCAGCGAUCUUGUGUUAGAUUUACUUAAUGCAGAAGAUGAAAUAAGGGAAGAGGCGAAAGAAAGAGCAAAUGAGGAAAAGGAAUUAGAAGAUCUAUCACUAAUCCGGAAGAAUAGAAUGACACUUUUUCAACACUUGACUUGUGUAAUUCCAAUCUUGAAUAGUCUACUAAUUGCAAAAGUGAUUAAUGAACAAGAACAUGAUGUUAUCAAACAGAAAACACAGACAUCUUUACAAGCAAGAGAACUCAUUGAUACUAUUUUAAUAAAAGGAAAUAUUGCUGCCACCAUAUUCAAAAACUCUCUACAAGAAAUGGACCCAAAGUUAUACAAGCAUUUAUUUGUGCAACAAGACAUAAAGUAUAUUCUCACAGAAGAUAUUUCAGAUCUACCAAUGGAAGAACAGUUGAGGAGACUACAAGAAGAAAGAACAUGUAAAGUGUGUAUGGACAAAGAAGUGUCCAUAGUGUUUAUUCCAUGUGGUCAUCUAGUAGUAUGCAAAGAUUGUGCCCCUUCUCUAAGAAAGUGCCCUAUUUGUAGGAGUACAAUCAAGGGUACAGUUCGUACAUUUCUUUCAUGAAAAAGAUAUAGAAAUUUUUCUAAACUCUAGAAUUAAUCGAUUAAGUGUAUUAUAAUUUUAACUUUUAUACUGAUUUUAUUUCCGUUAAAACUUAUUUAUUUAUAACUCAGAAAAUUUUAUAUAAAGACAUUUAUAUAAAUAUAUAUGUCUUUGUCACUUUCCUCAUUACUGGAGUAAAAUAUCUGACACCUGCAACUCAAAGGAGGGGAGGUUUAUUUUGGCUUAUGGUUUCAGAAGUUUUCAGUCCAUGUUCAGAAGGCUUAAAUAGAAACAGCAUGGCUUAAUAAAGGCUUAAUAGAAACAGCAUUGUGUAAGGAUCAUAGUAACCAGGAAGCAGAGAGAGUGAAGGAAGGAGCUAGCGAGGGAGAUACACCCUCUUUCAGUGACCUGCUUCUUCCAGUCAGGCACCACUCUCCAAUAGCAUACUCAGCUGCUGAACUCAUCAGUAAGUGAUUCCAGUAAAUGACUCAGUAAAUGAUGAGUACAGUGCCUCCAUGAUCCAGUCACAGCCUGCAGGUCCCACCAGUGAGCACAUGAAGCCUUUGGGUACAUUCUUGGUCCAAAACAUAACAUUCUACCUUGGUCCCCAAAAGACUCGUGUACAUUGCUUUUUUCUUUGUGUGUGUGUGUGUGUGUGUGUGUGUGUGUGUGUGUGUGUUGCUAAGGAUUUUGUACAUGAUAGCAAAGCAUUCUACCACUGAGCUAUAUCCUUAGCCCCUUCCACAUCUCUUUAUGAAAAAUGUACUUAGCCCAUCUGUAAGAGUCACCAAAGUUUUAAUAAUUCCAGCAUUGCUGAAAAGUCCAAAUCCAAAGUCUUCUCCGAGACUGAAGGCAAACUCUUAUCUGUGAGCCACUGUAAAACUCAAAAGGAAAGUUAAACACAGCCAGUAUAUAAUGGCACAGGAUAGACAUUCCUAUUCCAAAAGGGAGAAAUAGCAGGGUAGAGAGGAAUGGAACCAAAAUGAGACCUAAACCCAGCAUGGCAAACAUGAAAUCCCAUAGCUUUGUGUCAAGCACCCAGGAAAAAUGGUGACAAGAUGUGAGUCCAAAGGGGUUGGGUGGCCCCUCUCCUAUAGCAUUGCUGGUUACAGCCCACAUGGCCUCCCUCUUGGGUUGGCUCUGCUCACUGCCUGCAGCUUCUCUCCGAUGGUCAGAUUCCUGGCUUCACCAUUUUCAGGGAUCUCCACUGCAUUUUUGGCUUCACACUCACAUUUUCAUGAAAGGGCCUCUCAGGGGCACACUGCCUGGCCUUCCAGGCCUUCUUUUGAAAUCUGGGUGGAAGCUUCCCUGACCCAUAACUAUUGCAUUCUGCAUGCCCAUAAAACUAGCAUCAAGUGAAUGACACCAUGGUUUGCUGCCAAUUUGCUCACCAUAAAGGGUCGUGACCUAUACUCUCAUCACAAUAGGCAGAUUAAUAAGAGAAAAACAUAACAGACCUAUUUGGCAUAGUUUUAUGUGACUUGGGAGCCUUCAGAUUGAAGACUCCAAAGACCCAGGAUGAACUAUUUUUAUACUUGAGUGAAGUAGAAACAGUGGGUAGAAAUGUGAUUGGGCAAAAUGGGUAUGAGCUAAUGGAUAUAUUCUGACUGUUCAGAUUCCUAUUGGUCCCUCAGUUGUAGUAUUUCUUCCUCUAUAGUAUGAAAGCUUGCCCUCCCUCUCUCCUCUCCUCUCUUUUCUUCUGUACAAGGGAUUGAAUCCAGAGAGUUAGGCAUACUAGGAAAACACUCUAUUACUUAGCUACACUCCAGCCCUUUCUUCAUUUUUAUUUUUUAUUUUGAGGCAGGGUCUCCCUAAGUCACCUAGACUGGCCUUGAACUCAGAAUCCUCCUGCCUCAGCCUCCCAAAUAUCUAGGUUGCACCCACCUAGGUUUUAAUGUCAAACUCCUACACAGAAAGACAGAGGAAAGUUAAUAAUUCUAGUUUUGGGGAAUAAUUCUGGCUUUGGGGAAAAUGUGUCCAGGUUUCUAGGAUUCACUUUGGGGAAGAGGAAGCUCAGGAGAAGUUUAGAAACUACUGCAGAGCCCUUCGUUUUGGCUAUUGUUUUCUGAUUCCCAAUAACCAGAAUGUUCUUUCAUUUCCUCUUUCCUUGGCAAAUUCCUUCAUACUCCUCAGCCUGUUACUUUCUCAGAGUGCUUCUAUGACUUCUCCCUUUUUAGUUAUAUCCCUUUGUCCUGUAAUGGACACUUUUUUUUCAUGACAUAUCACAAUUUAUAUUUACACAUUUAUUUCUUCAGUGCCACAUUCUAAUGUCAAAUAGAAUUUUCACUAGCAUGAGAAGUAUGUGUUUUGUUUACUCCCAUGUAUCUAGGUCCUAGCAAGACUGACAGAAGAGGAUCUUAUUGAGUAAAUAAAUGAAUGUCUUCCUGUGAGUGGAGGUUAGCUGUGAGGGGGGAUUUCUUCCUCCUCCAACACCAUUGUUGAUAAAAUACUAAGGCAUAAUCAUUGAAAAACUGAGAAUCAUGGCCCAAAUUCUGUAAUCCUUUGGCUAUUAAAAGGCAUCUUUAGAGGGUGAAAGAUAAACCUGGUUCAAAGAAAGUGGGACUUGGAAUUAUUUCUAUCUGAUAAGGCAUGGCAUUUUAACUCUGGAAAGAGCAUAAGAAGGCACAGAUAUGCGCACUAGAAUGUUAAUAUUAACAAUAAUACACUGACAUUUAUUGAACUGCAUUGUACUGUCUUUAUAUUAUCUUGAGACUUACUGCAAUUUAAGAGAGAAAGAAGCAGAGAUAAAAGGUGCAGGCUUUGGGUUCAAAUCACAGCCAAAAAACUUGGGCAAAUUAUGAGAAGGUAAUUUUUUUUUUUUUUGGUCACCGGGAAUCGAACUCAGGACCUUGCUCUUGCCAGGCAGGCACUGUGCCGCUGAGCCAAAUCCCUGGCCCUUGGGCCAAUUAUGAAACAUUUCUGUGCCUCCGUGUGUUCAGUCUCUCACACGAUUAUUUUCUGUGAAAAUAAUCACAGGAAAGGCUCUUCCUGGACUUCCAUCAGCUUUUUGGAAUUCUUUUUUAUAUCACUUGAUAGGAAGUAUAUAUAGAAAGAACAAAGUUCUUUCUCCCUUGUGUUUGCCAGCAUGACUUCUAUCUCCCCAUUCCCGUCCCAUCAUGAGGGUUUUUAAAAUUGAGUUCGGGGAUCUGGGCGCAGAGGAAAGAGAAGUCAUGACCACAAGGUGGCAGUAGCAAGGCAAUGUGCGCCACAGUGGGCGGUGCUGGACAGGUUCCACGUAAGGAGGAAGUCUCACAGGGAACGCCUUUCCGACUCAGAGGUGUGGAGACACAGCCCGGCAACGAAAGAAGGAGAAGCAACUCCCUGGGAAGAGGGAACCACAGAGGAGCGUUCCUUGUCUAGACUGGCUCCCGCACAGAUCUGGGCAGUACCAGUUCCAGCAGAUACUUUCUCUGGUUGGAUCUCUGCUUCAAGCCCACCACGGCAUCUCUGCUGCGGGUGCAGCUCCAGCCUCACAGACGUGGAGUGGGUCAGCCUGCUGUGCUGUAAGGAAGUGUGGUCCUUCACAUUAUUUGGCUUAGUCCUCUAUGACUGCUUUUUUCUCUUCAUCAGGAAACAGAGCAGUUCUGCAGGACCAUCCAUUACAGAUGGUUGUGCCAGUGGUGAAGACAAAAGAAGGCUUUGAUUGCAUUUUGAACCAGAUUGUUUAAGUUGACUGUAUUACAGUACUUCUUCACAAUGGAGCAGCAAGCACAGAUGAGAAAUACCUUUCUACACUAGUACUGAGGGAUCUUCAGAUUUGAAUAUUAAGUGAAAAAGGUAGAGGGAAUAGAAAAAUAUAUGCAAUUUUAUUUUUAAAAUGAAAAAAUAAAUCAUAAAAAAUGUUGAAGUCAUUAUGGAACAGGAAGGAGUAGAGGGGAGAUAAGGAUUUUGGAACAAAGGAAAGAGCUAUACAAUCAAAAGGGGUUAGAGCUGGAGGUGUGUAGCUCAGCAGGAGAGCACAUGCUUAGCAAGUGUGAGGCCUUAGGCUCACUCCCCAGCACCAAAAAAAGAAAAGAGAGGAAGAAGUUGGGUGCAAUUAAAUAAAACCUAGAAUCCCUGAAUUUAAGUUGGAAAUUUCAGUUUAAAUAAUGUAUUUUAUUAAAAAAAGAAAAAGACCAAACCAAACCAAAUCAUUUUACCCAGCACUGUCCACCAAACAAGUAACUCAUUUAUACCACCACAGUCCUUCAGAUUGUGGUCUUUAAAUAGUUUCCCAUUAAAAGAAACAGCACUGUGAUAAGCAGUAUAUGAUAUAAUUUUUAUACUUCCCCAGAAGUCAGUGUUAUUCUUUUAUAGUACAAAACGGACAUGUUUGGGACACUGAGACUGAAUAGGUGUCAAAAGAGCUGCAAAAUGAAAAACAGAGAAAUGUUAGCAUAUCAGAGACAAAAAGUCUGUGUUGUGAAAUGGAAAGACAAAAAAGACAUCUCCUUAUUGUCAACUGUUCAUAAUACAGAAAUGAUAGAAAUUGAAAGAAAAAAAGAAACAAAAAAAAUACAUUACUUAUUGACUAGUUAUCUUUUUCUCACUAAUAUAUAAUACUGAUGUCAUAUAGCAAAUUCGUAUAUACAUAUAUGUGGGUGUCUUUAAAAAAUUUUUCCUUUAAUAA